UUUGAAAUAAUUCUUAAAAAAAAUCCGGUUCCAUUAAGGAUUCACAAUAACAACAACAAGUGUGUUCAAGUGUUUGUUGAAAAAACACAUACAUUUCAUCAUAAUCAUUAUUCAAAUAAAUAAUGAAGGAAAAAUCAUCCGCAUCAUUAGGACAAAUCCUAAAAUAUGUUAAUUGUAUAGAUUAUCUAUUGAUUAUAUUUGGAACAUUUGGAUCAUUUCUUUGUUCAUUAACAUGGCCCGGUUUAACAAUUACAUUCGGUAAAACGGUUGAUAUUUUUGUUGAUUAUGAAUAUUGGUAUCAUAAUAAUCGUACUUGGAAUAAUAUAACCGAUACGGAAAUUGAAAAUAAUAAACAAUUAUUUAUGAAUGAAGUAUGGAAAUAUUCUGGUUGGACUGGUGUUGUUUGUAUAAUGUAUAUUGUCGGUAAUUUUAUAUCGAUUUAUUCAUUUCAAAUAUUUUCAUUACGUAUAACACGUAAUGUAAAACGUUUAUAUUUUGAAUCAAUAUUGAAACAAGAAAUUGCAUGGUUUGAUCAACAAAAAUCUGGUGAAUUUGCAUCAACAAUAUCCAAUGAUUUUAAAAAAUUUGAACAAGCAUUCAAUGAAAAUCUUGGUCUUUUAAUAUAUCAAUCAUUAUCAAGUUUUUGUCAUCUAAUAUUAGGAUUAUAUUAUGGUUGGAAAUUAGCAUUAGUUAUUAUGUCAUUAUCACCUAUUAUGAUAAUUUCAUCAAUUACAAUGACAAAGUUUCAAACAUAUUUUGCACAAAAAGAAUUGAAAGCAUAUUCAGCAGCAAGUUCAGUUGCUGAAGAAGCAAUAUCAGCCAUACGAACAGUAUUUGCAUUCGGUGGACAAGAAAAAGAACGUAAACGUUAUGAAACAAUGUUAAAACCGGGUAUGAUAAAUGCUUGUAAAAGAAAUUUUGUUACCGGUUUAGGUAUGUCAAUACAUUGGACAACAAUUUAUCUUGCAUUGGGUUUCGGUAUUUGGUAUGGUGUACAAUUAAUUAUUAGUCCGGAUGAUAUUUAUACGAUUGGUGAUGUUGUUAUCGUAUUUUGGGGUGUAACUGGUUGUGCAUUUUCAAUCGGUUAUGCUGCACCAUUUUAUGAAUCAUUUCAGAUUGGUAAAACAUCGGCAAAAAAUAUAUUUGAUGUUAUUGAACGACGAUCAGAAAUUGAUACAUCAAAAAAUUUAGUUGGAAAAAAAUUAGCUAAAAAUUAUAAAACAAAUAUUGAAUUUCGUAAUGUACGAUUUAGUUAUCCAUCAAGACCGGAUGUUCCAAUUCUACAAGGUUUAAAUUUGAAAAUUAAUUCGGGUGAAAUUGUUGCAUUAGUUGGACCAUCUGGUUGUGGUAAAUCAACAACCAUACAACUUGUACAACGUUUUUAUGAUGUUAAAGAUGGUGUUGUUUUGUUAGAUGAUCAUGAUAUACGUGAUUUAAAUGUUGGUUGGUUACGUGCACAAUUAGGUGUUGUUGGACAGGAACCAGUUUUAUUUGAUACAUCAAUUGAAGAAAAUAUUCGUAUGGGUAUGCCAAUCGAUCAAAUGAAUAAAGUAACUUUAGAUGAUAUUAAACAUGCUGCAAUUGAAGCAAAUGCACAUGAAUUUAUAUUAAAAUUACCGGAUAAAUAUCAAACAUAUGUUGGUGAUCGUGGUACACAAUUAUCUGGUGGCCAAAAACAACGUAUAGCUAUUGCACGUGCAUUAAUUUCACGACCAAAAAUUCUUUUAUUGGAUGAAGCAACAUCAGCAUUAGAUUUAAAAAGUGAACAUAUUGUACAGGCAGCAUUAGAUCGUGCAAGUCAAAAUCGUACAACAAUUAUAAUUGCACAUCGUUUAUCAACAAUAAUCAAUGCUAAUCAUAUAUUCUAUAUUGAUAAAGGUGAAGUAAUUGAAGAAGGUACACAUCAAUCAUUAAUGGAAUUAAAAGGAAAAUAUUAUUCACUUGUACAGGCACAACAAGUUACAGAUAAUAAUAAUAAUAAUAAUGAUCCAACAUCACCAAAACUAAAAACAAUUGAACAAUUUCAUAAUCAAGAAAUUUCAUUAACAAGAAAAUUAAGUCAAAGAUUAUCAAGUGAAAUAUCAAUGGGUAUGGGUAAAGUAGUAACACCAAUGAUGAUGAAUGAUAAUGAAUCAGAAACUGUUAAUCAAGAUGAUUUGAAAAAAUUGAAAAAAUUUUCUCAUAUGCGUUUAUUUCGUUUAAUUUGGUUGGAUAAAAUAUUUUUUAUGAUUGCAUUUAUUACCGCAUUAAUUUAUGGUACAUCAACACCAAUUUAUGCAUUAAUAUUUGGUGAAUUUGUUGCAAUUUUUGCACAAAGUAAAGAUAAUAAUUUUUUAAUGGAACAAACAUUAAAUUAUACAUAUGCAUUUAUUGGUUUGGCUAUCGGUAUAUUUGUUUGUUGUACAACACAGAUUACAUUGUUCGGUAUUGUUGGUGAAAAAUUAACAAAUCGUUUACGUAAAAUGGCCUAUUCAGCUAUUUUGGAUAAAGAAAUUGCAUUUUUUGAUGAUCAAAAUAAUAGUGCAGGUGCAUUAUGUUCACGUUUAGGUAAUGAUGCGGCUAAUGUUCAAGGGGCAACCGGUUUACGUAUAUCAAUGAUGUGUCAAGCAAUAUCAACAGUUAUAUUUUCAAUUGCAAUGGGAUUUUAUUUUAAUUGGCGUUUAUCAUUAGUAUCAUUAAUAUUAAUGCCAAUUGUUGCAUUUGCAUCAAUGAUUAGUUCAUCAAUUUAUUCACAACAAGCAACAAAAGAUGGUAUUACAGCAGAAAAAUCAAGUAAAACAGCAAUUGAAGUAAUGAAUUCAAUACGUACUGUUGUUUCAUUACAUAAAGAAGAAUAUUUUUAUAAUAUUUUUAAUCAAACAUUGAUCGAAAGUUAUAUAAAUUCACGAAUGAAAUGUUUUUAUAAAUCGGUAGUUAUUUCAUUUGCAAUGGGUGCACCAUUUUUUGCCUAUACAGUUAAUUUUGCUUAUGGUGGUUAUCUAAUACGUGAAGGUCUACUUGAAUCGGGUAAUUUUUUCAAAAUUGCCGAAUCAGUUAUAUUCGGUGCAAUGGUUGUUGGACAAUCGGCUGUAUUAUCAUCAGAUUUUGCUAAAGCAAAAUUAGCCGCAAUGAAUAUAUUCAAUUUGAUUGAUUCAAAUGAUUUGAAUAAUAAUAAUAAUAAUAAUAACAACAAUAAUAAUCUGAAUAAAAUAAAAAUCGUGAAAAAUGGAAUACAAACAACAAAUCAAGAUUUAGUAAAAAAUGGAAAUUCAAUAAUGAUGAAUAAUCGAUCGAAUGGAAAUAUUACAUUUCGUGGUGUAUAUUUUAGCUAUCCAUCCCGACCAAAUUCCCGAAUAUUAAAUGGUCUUUCAUUUAAUGCUAAUCAAGGACAAACAGUUGCAUUAGUUGGUUCAAGUGGUUGUGGUAAAUCAACAUCCAUUCAAUUAUUAGAACGUUUUUAUGAUUGUAAUAAUGGUAGUGUGAUUUUAGAUGGAAAAAAUAUCAAUGAAUUAGAUAUUGAUUGGUUACGAUCACAGAUAUCAUUAGUACAACAAGAACCAAUAUUAUUUAGUUAUUCAAUACGUGAUAAUAUUGCAUAUGGUGAUAAUACCCGACAAAUAAAUGAUGAUGAAAUUUAUCGUGCAGCUAAAAUGGCUAAUGUACAUGAUUUUAUUAAUCAAUUACCAAAUGGUUAUCAAACACCUGUUGGUUCAAAAGGUGGUACACAAUUAUCGGGUGGCCAAAAACAACGUAUUGCUAUUGCACGUGCAUUAAUACGUGAUCCACCAAUACUGUUAUUGGAUGAAGCAACAUCAGCAUUGGAUACAGCAUCCGAACAAAUUGUACAACAAGCAUUGGAUGAAGCAUCAAAAGAACGUACUUGUUUAGUUAUUGCACAUCGUUUGAAAACAAUUGUUAAUGCAGAUAAAAUUAUUGUUAUCGAUCGUGGACAAAAUGUUGAAGAAGGUACACAUGAUAAAUUGAUUGCCCGAAAAGGUUAUUAUUGGCGUCUUUAUAAUAAUGCUACUGAAUAAUUAAUGAAUGUUUAAACUUUUUAACAAACAAAAAAAAUUCAAAUAACAAAUUUUCAAUAAAAUUCUGGAAUAAAAUUUUUUUAUUUCUUUCA